AGUACAGAUAAGGCGGUGGUAGUUGAAAAAGAAAAGGGGUGUGAGAGAGGGAGAUCGAGAGAGAGAGAGAGAGCGAAAAGAUGGGAUGGCUGAGCGAGAGAGAGACGGCCGAGUUGUCUGAAAAAAUAGAGAAUGCGAUUGAUUUUCGUGCAUCCAGGCGAUUCUUCAAACAUUUCCGUCAACUCAAAGUUGAACAAUUGGAGGGUCUCUGUGUUCCGGAGAUUUUUAUGUUUGCCACAACAUUUGACAACUUUCUUCAGUGUUGGCUAUGACUCUAACUCUGCUUUAUCUGAGGGCAGCCAAAGUUCAAACAAUUCUAGUCGUGAAGAAUGGUCACAAGUCUUUGAUAGGGAUGGAUGCUUUCGUUUCUAUCACAUUCUUUCUUUGUUUCCUCCUUCAGAUGAUCUCUCUGGUAUGAAGAUGCUCUAUAGGCAAACUCUUUGCUGGGCUCAUUUUGCAGUGACAAGUUACAAUGAAAAUCAUGGUGCCGAUUACGAGCUUGUUGCCCCUUUAGUAAGUUUUCCCUUCUAUCAUGUGGAAUGGCAUGGAUACCAUGCUUAUGUCAAUUUCUUUGCUAAGCCUAAAAACAGUGAUUCCUCUCCCGACCUCUUUUUUGCCGAGUUGGUGGCAUGUGGUGAUUCAGCUAAUGAAGUUCUCAAGUGCUGCAUCUUGAAACCUCGUCCUUCUCCGGUUGCCCAAGCUUUUGACCAUGUUGAAUUUUGGCUUCCUGCUGGAGAAGAAUACCAUUCGCCAAGCAUUAUGUUUUGAUUUCGAGUGAUUGUUCUCAUCUUGUUAUUUAUCAAACUCGAUAGGCUCCUCCUGCUUGGAUUGGUGUUUACUUUAAUUCAUACAAUUAUGUUCUUGUAAUUGAAAUUUCAAGUAGCGUAAACUACUGUCUUACUGCUUGUUGGUAUAACUUGGGAAUUCACUUCCUAAAUAAAUUAUGGUUCUGGUCUUUAUUAAGUUCCCAGGAAGUGAUAUAUAUUGUUUGGUUGACCUGGUA